AUGGAUGAAGAAAAUGACACCUGUGCGGCGGUAGAAGAGGCAUUUUCACGUGGGAAGCACGAAUUGAAAAUAUCAGGCACAAGUCUGGAUAAAUGGCUAACGCCUUCGGGUUGUGUUCCAUCUCGUCUUUUCGAACUGAGUUCGCUGAACUUCCUAGAGCUGAGCAAGUCAAAUCUCCGUAUUUUGCCACCUGCAGUUUCAAAGCUAUCCAAUUUGACCUCUCUCAUGCUUUACUCUAACCAUCUUGAAUGCCUGCCGUCGUCCGUCGGGGAGUUGAAGAAAUUGAAAUUUCUGAACGUGGCCAAUAAUUCGCUCUCCUCCCUACCGGACAGUCUACACGAGUGCUUGGAGUUGCAGUCACUGAUCGCAUUUCACAACCGUUUAUCUGUGAUACCCGAUACCUUCACUUCGCUGGUUUUGCUGAACGACGUAAAUUUGGCAGUGAACUGCCUGACGGAGUUUCCCAGAGCCUUCUGUACCGUGAAAAUGCAACGUCUUUUGACUCUUGAUAUGAGUGAUAAUCAAAUCACGAAGAUCCCUGAUGGAGUAGUGAAUCUCACCAAUCUUCGAAUGUUGGAUCUGUCGAAUAACAAGGUUCCGUCUGUUCCGCAAAGUUUAGCCAAUUGCUCGAAGCUGAAAGAAUUGAAGCUUAAUGAUAAUUGUCUUUCGGAUAAGCGGUUAGAGAAGCUGGUCAAGAGUGGAGUGCAGAAAGCCAUUCUUCAGUACAUUGUUUGUAAGCAAGAUGGAGAAAAAAUUACUCACGAAAUAGCUGACCCGUCCAAACCGGUAGUCUCUUUUAACAUCGUAGUGCUGCCACAUUCGCACCUGAACAUUCGCUUCGAUUCGAUGGUUGUGCAAAUUCGGCCGUAUCUGCUGUGCUGCAUCAUACACAGUGUAGAUCUUUCAGAGCCAGCAGACUUGAGGAAAUUCAUAAAAAUUCAGAGCAAACUUCACGAUGAAGAAUGCAAAAAGAGGACGGCAGGUACUAUUGCAACUCACGACCUCGCAUCCAUUCGUUCUCCUCUAUUGUACACUUGCAGAAAUCCUGUAGAUAUCAUGAUACACCCUUUGUCAUCUUCUAAACCUGUCAUCGCUACUGAGCUUAUGAAGCAGCUGACGGCAGAAGCAGAGGCUUUAAAGAAGGAAAAGAAAAGAAGCGUAUAUUCAGGAAUUCAUCAGUAUCUUUAUCUGCUGAAGGAUAAAUCUGAAUACCCCUGUUUGGUGGAUGCUGAUGACAACGUGAUUUCUCUUCCUCCCCUGACAAACAGCUCGCUCACAAAGAUUUCUUCUUCAACGACAGAUGUUCUGGUUGAGGUGUCCAGCUCGGAAAACUUUGUAGCAUGCAACCAAAAGGAUGAGAUCUCUGGGGUCACCUCCAUGCAGAUCGAGCAAGUCAAAAUUUUACAAGACGAUGGAAGUGUUCGAGCUACCUUCCCGUCAAAAAACGACUUGAAAUUCGACAAUGUGACAGUAAAUCGGGAAUUGUUGAAAUAG